AUGUCCUACAAACAAAUCCUCUACAACAAGGCUCCUGAGCCAGCUAUCGAUCCCACCCUCAACUCCGGCACCUUUCGCCUAAACACUGUCCCCCGUCCCACAGAUGUCCCGGCAGACAAACUCCUUGUGCGCGUGCACUACCUCUCUCUCGACCCAGCAAUGCGCCAAUGGCUCACAGCCAAACGGUCCUAUAUCGCCCCAGUCGAGCUCGGCGCCGUGAUGCGCGGCCAGAGCAUCGCACAGGUAGUCGAAGUCGGCAGCUCCUUGACCUCGCAAUUUAAAACCGGUGAAUGGGUCGUUGCAUACUCAGGCUGGCAGGAAUACGCCUUGAUGGGCGCAAAGGAAGUGGAGAAAGUGACUCUCCCCGCCGGAGGACGCCCCACAGACGCAAUGUCCGUCCUCGGCAUGACCGGGUUAACAGCUUACUUCGGCAUGCUGGAGGUUGGACAGCCAAAGGCCGGCGAGACUGUUGUUGUUUCUGGUGCUGCGGGCGCGACUGGUAGCAUUGCGGGACAAAUUGCCAAGAUCAAGGGUGCCAAGCGGGUUGUUGGGUUGGCGGGGAGUAAGGAUAAGUGUGAGUUCCUUGUUAAGGAGCUUGGCUUUGAUGCUGCGAUCAAUUAUAAGGAUCCGCAGUGGAAGAAACAGUUGAAGGAGGCUACGCCUGAGUAUAUUGAUGUUUUCUUUGAUAAUACUGGUGGUGAGAUUUUGGAUGCUUGUCUUGCGCGUGCGGCGCGGGAUUCGAGGUUCGUCAUUUGUGGUGCUAUUAGCCAGUAUAAUGCUGCUAAGCCGCAGGGGCCGACGAGCUUUAUGACUGUUAUUUCUCAACGAGUCACUGUGAAGGGAUUCAUUGUUUUUGACUAUGCGAAGAAGUAUGGUGCUGCGUUACAGGAGCUGGCCUCUUGGCUUUCGCAGGGCAAGCUGAAGCGUAAGGAGCAUAUUGUGCAAGGUGGAAUUGAGGGAACGCCUAAGGCUCUUGUUGAUCUGUAUGCCGGUGUAAAUACUGGUAAGAUGAUGGUGGAGGUUGCUCCAGUUAGCGAGGCAUUAGGACCUAAGGCCAAGCUGUAA